UUUCCGGUGUAAACAUUACAACGUGGUAUGUUAAUUGAUGCCUUCGAUUUUUAUCAUCCUUCUUGUUCUAAUCGCAAAUGGAAUAUUUAUUCGAUGUGACUGUCCUAGUAUUCAUCACUGUGUGAAAUCGAAUUCUGAUGAUAACAGUUGUACUGCAGUGAAAAACGGGUUAAAAACCGAUGAAUCGACAAUGGCGUUAGUUCCAUACGAUGCUAACAAAGAUAUUCUAGCUAUCUUUAACAAGCCAGAGCGAGUGUUUCAUUUUGUUGGAAAGGAAAUAAAAAUACCACAAGACUGGAAUAACUUGGGCGUAGCGGCAGUUGUGUGGGAUGCGGCAAUUGUUCUUUCUGAAUACUUAGAAGCAGGAAAUGUACAUUUGGAGGGAAAGAGAGUGCUAGAACUUGGAGCUGGGUCUGGUCUAGUUGGUAUAGUAGCUACAUUAUUGGGAGCCCAAACGAUUCUAACAGAUCAAGAGAAAGCAAUUCCAUAUCUGACUAAAGUAGCUACAGACAAUCUACCUCAGGACCUUGAAGGAAGAUUUGAAGUGAGGGCCUUGGACUGGCAAGGGAGUCUGGAGUCCUACAGAGACACGUUUGAUGUGAUCCUUGGAGCUGACAUUAUAUACAUUGAAGACACCUUUCCAGAUUUGUUGAGAACAAUUGAACAUCUAAGUAAUGAAGACACAUUUGUUUAUAUUUCUUGUAGGAUAAGAUACACAAGAGAUUCCAACUUCUUGAAAAUGUUUUCAGAUGUGUAUGAACUGAAAAAGGUACACGUUGAUAAACAACGGGAUAUUACUAUCUACAAAGGGAGGAAAAAAACCAAGUGAAACUAACAAUAUACAUGUAUAUAUGGUUAUCAGAAAAGACUACGGAAAGAUUUUUUUAUAUCAGGUUUUAUCAGAUAUGAAACCGAAAGACCAGAAUGCACUGUUCAAAAAAAUUACUCAAUUUUGAACAGCUUAUUUUGUUAAACAAUUAUGACUUCUUGCAAAAAUUUUAUUCUAGAAUAAAUCUGUCAUAUCAUAGUUACAUGCAGAGGUAUACUCACAAAACCCUAGUAAAACUGAUUUUAAAUGAGUAAAAUCUAACAUUUCAUUACUGAUAAGUUAGAAUUAUAACCUACUUAGUAUUUUCUCAUUGUGUAAAAUAAGAUUCAUGUACCGACAUAAUAAAUUUACUUAAAAUAAUGUAAAACAAUAUAAGAUUCAGGUAUAAUAAAUAAAUU